CCGGAUUGGCCCGGGCGGCGGCCCGUCGCGUCGCGCUGCGGGGCCGUCGGAGCGACGCCGCGCUCAGUCGGCGGCCCUGGAGCGAAGAUGGACGCAGCUACUCUGACCUACGACACGCUCCGAUUCGCUGAGUUUGAGGAUUUCCCUGAGACCUCGGAGCCCGUCUGGAUCCUGGGGAGGAAGUACAGUAUCCUCACAGAAAAGGACGAGAUCUUGGCCGACGUGGCGUCGAGACUGUGGUUUACGUACAGAAAGAACUUCCCGGCCAUUGGGGGCACCGGCCCCACCUCGGACACGGGCUGGGGCUGCAUGCUGAGGUGUGGACAGAUGAUCUUCGCCCAAGCCCUGGUGUGCCGGCACCUGGGCCGCGACUGGAGGUGGGCGCAGCGGAAGAGGCAGCCCGACAGCUACUGCCGCGUCCUGCAGGCGUUCCUGGACAGGAAGGACAGCUGCUACUCCAUCCACCAGAUAGCACAAAUGGGCGUUGGCGAGGGCAAGUCCAUUGGCCAGUGGUACGGGCCCAACACCGUCGCCCAGGUCCUUAAGAAGCUGGCUGUCUUCGACGCCUGGAGCGCCCUGGCUGUGCACGUAGCGAUGGACAACACGGUGGUGAUGGCGGACGUCAGGAGGUUGUGCAGGAGCGGCCUUCCGUGUGCCGGGGCUGAGGCCUUCCCCGCAGACUCCGAGCGGCAUUGCAACGGCUUUCCGGCGGGGGCCGAGGGCGGCGAGUGCACGGCGCCCUGGAGACCCUUGGUGCUGCUCAUCCCGCUGCGCCUGGGGCUGGCGGACGUGAACGCGGCCUACGCGGGCACGCUCAAGCACUGCUUCCGGAUGCCCCAGUCCCUGGGGGUGAUCGGAGGGAAGCCCAACAGUGCCCACUACUUCAUCGGCUACGUUGGGGAGGAGCUCAUCUACCUGGACCCCCACACCACACAGCCGGCCGUGGCGGCCGCUGACCGCUGCCCGGUCCCGGACGAGAGCUUCCAUUGCCAGCACCCGCCCGGCAGGAUGAGCAUCACGGAGCUCGACCCGUCCAUCGCCGUGGGAUUCUUCUGUAAGACUGAGGAUGACUUUAACGACUGGUGUCAGCAAGUGAGAAAGCUGUCCCUGCUGGGAGGCGCCCUGCCCAUGUUUGAGCUGGUGGAGCAGCAGCCUUCCCACCUGGCCUGUCCCGACGUCCUCAACCUGUCCUUAGAUUCUUCUGACGCGGAGCGACUGGAAAGAUUCUUUGACUCAGAAGACGAAGACUUUGAGAUCCUGUCCCUCUGAGAGUCCUGCAGGUGGGAUGGUCUCACUAGCCCUGCAGGGGCGCUUGGCCGCCGCGUCUCAUCCACCCGCUGCCCUCCGCCCAGCGCCCCAGCCCAGCUGCCUCCGCGUGACGGAAGCCCCGGGCGCACGCUCCUGCCGCACUGCCAGCCCUGCCCGGUGCCCCGUGCCCUCCUGGCCCGGCCGCUCAUCUCGGAAUUAAAGCCCUGUCUGAAGCUCCAUGAUGGACAUGGCUGCCGCUGGGCGUAUCCCUAGACGGGCUCUGAAGAUGCAGUCUGCAGGGUGCCAUGGGAAAAGGGCCAAGGAGCACGGUGGGCAUCCUGCACUAGGAGGAGAGGCGUGGGGGCAGGCGGCCAGGCCCACAGAUGCCGCUGCGCGCCGUGCCAGGCAGCAGUGCCGCCCGGCCAGAGCCCCAGGGAGGCCACGGGCCCCUGCUGCCGCUUGCUUGUCUCACCCGCUGCCCCUGGAACACCCCCCCACCUCACCCCUCGUCAGGGCCUCCCUCCUGGUUGGCACAGCUUCAGAUGGUUUGGGGCCCGAGGGUCAAGCCUUCCGCUUGUGGCGUGAGGCGGGUGUGCCGCCCCUCACAGCGGGGGCACACCCGGACUUGCUCACGUUGACCCGGGGCCACCUGCCACCUUCAGCCUGCGUUCGGGCCCCACCGACGGCCUGUGUCCCACCCGGGAGUGCAGACCGGCUGGGAGCUCAGGUGUGGGCAGCCUCCCUCCCAGGAGCCCCCACCCGCCGGGUGUUGUCCACCUAAGUUAUUUCAUCUCCUUUUGUCUCCUCCCCCUCUCCGUCCCUCAGGCAGAGCUGGGGGGUCUCUGUUCCCGCUGGCGCACGGGGUCUCCUCUGCUCAGCCGGCAGCAGGAGUGCCGGACGGGACCACAGACCAGAGGGGACGGUCUCGUGUGUGUUGGGGAAGGCUUAUUGAGGAGUAUUCACUCUUAGUGAUAUAGUUCGCGGUUCCUUACUGCAAAUAAUAACAGUUUCAAUAGAAAACAGAA